AAGCGCUUUCAAAAAAGGACCGUCAUGGAUGCCCUGGAAAUUCUCCUUUGGUUAUGUUUAAGUCAUCCAUGGGUUUGCCAAGUGUUAAGCUCUCCUGUUAGACGCCAGGCAAAGCAGUCACCGCUCCAAGAUGUGGGACUCUUAUUUGGCCACAGAGAUACACACUCACCCUUUGUCCAGCAAGUGCAUGACUACCAUAAGGCUUCAGUGACAAUAGAGGAUGUCUUGGCUGCGCUACUCUCUCUGGGAAGCAUAUCUGACCCUAUGGAGGCACAAAGAGUGUACUUGGAAAUUCAGGGCUUAAUGGUGGAUGAGGAACAAAAAGGGCAUUAUCUGUCCAGUCAAGUGAAGGUAGAGCCUAAUUUACAGGCUGUAAACUCAGCAGGGACUAGUGGGCCUGGAUUGAGUUCUUCAGUGAAGUCCAGUUCUGGAAAAGGUGCUUCUGGGAAAGUGAACCCUCAUGAAAGCUGUGAGGGAGCUGCUGGGUCUGGGUCCAGUUCUGAAAAAUAUUAUUCUGGAAGGGUGAGCCCUCCGGGAAAUACAGGUGAAGCUGCUGUGCCACAGCCUGGAUAUGGGGAAGGUUCUUCUGGAAAGGUGAGCCCUCCUGCCAAAGGAGGUGAAGCUGGACCAUCACAGCCUGGACACGGGGAAGGUUCUUCUGGAAAGGUGAGCCCUCCUGCAAAAGGAGGUGAAGCUGCACCAUUACAGCCUGGAUAUGGGGAAGGUUCUUCUGAAACGGUGAGCCCUCCUGCAAAAGGAGGUGAAGCAGGAGCAUCAUGGUCCAAAUCUGGGAAAGGUCCUUCUGGGAAGCUGAGCCCUUCUGCAAGAGGAGGUGAAGCAGGAGCAUCAUGGUCCAAAUCUGGGAAAGGUCCUUCUGGAAAGGUGAGCCCUCCUGCCAAAAGAGGUGAAGCUGCACCAUCACAGCCUGGAUAUGGGGAGGAUGCGUUUGGAAAGGUGAGCCCUCCUGCCAAAGGAGGUGAAGCUGCACCAUCACAGCCUGGAUAUGAGGAAGGUUCUUUUCGAAAGGUGAGCCCUCCUGCAACAGGAGGUGAAGCAGGAGCAUCAUGGUCCAAAUCUGGGAAAGGAUCCUUCUGGAAAGGUGAGCCCUCCUGCAAAAGGAGGUGAAGCAGGAGCAUCAUGGUCCAAAUCUGGGAAAGGACCUUCUGGAAAGGUGAGCCCUCCUGCCAAAGGAGGUGAAGCUGCACCAUCACAGCCUGGAUAUGGGAAAGGUUCUUUGGGAAAGGUUAGCCCUCCUGCAAAAGCAAGUGAAGCUGCACCAUCACAGCCUGGAUAUGGGAAGGGUUCUUUAGAAAAGGGUGGCCCUCCUGCAAAAGCAAGUGAAGCUGCACCAUCACAGCCUGGAUAUGGG